UUGACAGUCUUGGUUUUGGAGAAUUAUUGCAAAAUGAGUAAUACAUCUGGUAUAGUUCUAUUUUCUCUGUCUGGCUUCAGUGCCACUGUGAACUACAGAGUCACACUUUUCUCUCUCACUUUAGUAUGUUAUUGUCUCAUUGUGGUGGUAAACGUGUGUCUCGUUUUAACCAUAAUAUUGGAUCAAAACUUACAUGAACCCAUGUAUGUCUUUUUGUGUUCUUUGUGCAUCAAUGGAAUUUAUGGGGCUGCAGGCUUUUAUCCUAAAUUUGUAUUUGAUCUGCUGUCUGAUAUUCAAGUUAUAUCAUACGAAGGAUGCCUUUUGCAAGUCUUUGUGAUAUACUCCAAUACAAAAAUCGACUACUCUAUUUUAGUUCUAAUGGCCUAUGACAGAUAUGUGGCUAUAUGCCGACCCCUGGAGUAUCACUCUGUAAUGUCUGUGCGAAAGACCGCAGUGUUACUUGGUUUUUCCUGGCUUGUACCUUUAUGCUGUGAGCUUAUGGUUGGAACUUUGACAUCUACACUGAAAUUAUGUGGCUCCCACAUAGAUAAACUCUAUUGCGAGAACUGGUCAGUAGUUAAACUUGCUUGUGGCUCAACGAGAGCAAACGACAUAGUUGGAUUGAUUGUUAUCGCUUUCUAUUGUGCACAUGUCCUCAUCAUUGUGUGUUCUUAUGUGCAGUUGGUAAAAUCAGCUUUGAAAUCCAGAGAGGGCAGGAGAAAGUUUACACAGACAUGUGUGCCACAUUUGUUAUGUCUGCUUAAUGUCACUGCCGCUUUGCUUUUUGAUGUUAUGUACUCGAGGUAUGGAUCAGCAUCCGUGCCACAGACUUUAAAGAACUUCAUGGCCAUACAAUUUCUCAUAAUUCCACCUAUUAUAAACCCUGUUAUUUAUGGACUGAUCCUGACUAAAAUUCGAAAGAGAAUGAUAUAUUUGUGUAUGAUGGCAGCUCAGAGAUUGAGAUUGACACUCAAGGUUUGAUAUAAGCAUUCCAAAACCACUUUAUAUGGCUCAACACAUGAUCGUUUUGUUAGUGUGCUUCUCCUGUUGUACCUUUUCUCUUUCAGGCUUUUGUAAUGUUAAUGACCUCAAAGAUUGACCUGUGGGGUUCUGGGAAAACGCAAUGUGAAAAUUGUGUGAAAAUAAUUUCUAUUAUUUAGGGUAUGACUGUUUUGUGCUUGUAUGUGUAACUGGUAAUAUAUUUUUGAAGGGUAAUAUUGUCGGAUUAACACUAUAAUUUUUUCAAAUAUUCAAAUUUGGGCAAUAUCUUUUCAUUGUGUGUCCGUAUGUUCAGUUGAUAAAAUCGUCUUUCACCGCCGCAGCAAUCGCGUCUGAUGAAGCAAGUGACAUCUCUACACGGGGUCUAAAGAAAUUUGAUUUCUCAUGACUCCAUGUAUUCUCGGCUCUGUUAUUUUGGGGCCUUAACAGACUUCAGUUUGCAAAAGCAUUCAAGUUUAUGAACAACAAGCAACAUAAAGGAUUAGGUUGAGGCAAAAGAAGUGUAGUGCUUUCAGAUAGGCACAUUAUGUCAUCAACAGAUAGAAAAUGACAUAAAAUCAAAUCAGGGUUUUGAUGAUUAGAGAGCAGAGCAUAUGAGAUUAUAUCUCCCUCUGUUUCAGCUUCCACUAUUUGAUGUUUAUGUGAUGCUGAAAAUUAGAAAAAUAUAGGCAUCACAUAAUUAUUGG